CGCCUAUAAAAUCAGCGCAUCCCCCUCCUAUGGUCGAUCUGAUGCUUGCCUCGUCUGUCUGGCUUUCCCAUCACGCACAGCUUUCGCCACAGAUACCGCAAGCAGAACAAGAAAACAGCAGUAGCCCCAUCACAUAGUAUGUGAGACCUGUCGCGAUUUGACGCAUGAGCCGGUGCCCAUCUGACGCAGCCGUCCUCCGGGGCGGUUUGUCCAAGGUGUGGCUGAGAUUAUACGGUCUUGAACUUGAUCUGGAUAAUACCAGCGAAAGGAUCAUGCAAGCGAGCCUAACCUAGAGCAGCACUCCCCCAAACCAAAAUGACCCCUCCCGCAGCCGUCCAGGACUACCCGGUCCCCUACGCCGUCCCCAGCAAGCUGGACGACGGCCACGUCAACGGCAAGUCCCAGGCCCAGCAGCAGCAGCGGGCCGGGACCAAGGCCGCGACGGUGGCGGACCUCCUCGGCAAAUGGGACACCUUCUCCUUCGCGCCCAUCCGCGAGUCGCAGGUGUCGCGCGCCAUGACGCGGCGCUACUUUGCCGACCUGGACGCGCACGCCGAGUCGGACGUGGUCAUCGUCGGCGCCGGCUCGUGCGGCCUGUCGGCGGCGCUGGUGCUGGGGCGGGCGCGGCCGGACCUGCGCAUCGCCGUCGUCGAGGCCGGCGUGGCCCCCGGCGGCGGCGCCUGGCUGGGCGGCCAGCUCUUCUCGGCCAUGGUGAUGCGCAAGCCGGCCGACGCGUUCCUGCGCGAGGCCGGCGUGCCCUACGAGGACGAGGGCGACUUCGUCGUCGUCAAGCACGCCGCCCUCUUCACCUCGACCGUGCUGUCAAAGGUGCUGGCCCUGCCGAACGUCAAGCUGUUCAACGCCACGGCCGUCGAGGACCUCAUCACGCGCCAGGGCGAGGGCGGCAGGGUGCGCGUCGCCGGCGUCGUCACCAACUGGACGCUCGUGUCCAUGCACCACGACGACCAGUCUUGCAUGGACCCCAACACCAUCAACGCCCCGCUCGUCAUCUCGACCACGGGGCACGACGGCCCGUUUGGCGCCUUCUCGGUCAAGCGCCUCGUCAGCAUGAAGCAGCUCGACCAGCUCGGCGGCAUGCGCGGCCUCGACAUGCAGUCGGCCGAGGACGCCAUCGUCAAGAACACGCGCGAGAUCGUGCCCGGCCUCAUCGUCGGCGGCAUGGAGCUCUCCGAGGUCGACGGCGCCAACCGCAUGGGUCCCACGUUUGGCGCCAUGGCGCUGUCUGGAGUCAAGGCCGCCGAGGAGGCCAUGGCCAUCAUCGAUGCUCGCAAGAAGGAGAACGAGUACUAGGGGUGUGGGGAGGUCUAGUAGGCUGAAUGACGGAGAUAGAUUGAAGUUGGAGCAGCCAAGUCCCUAAAGAUUGUCACCCAUUUUACAGGCUGUGAUAGGUGGUUGAGACGGGCAUAAAUAAAUGGAAAAGAUGCCAUCGUACCCCCAUUUACUAGUGAUGAAUAGAUGGCAAUCAGUUGUGAUGUUGAA